CCAGUCCAGUCCAGGCCAGUCGUGACCGUUCGCCUCGACGCGUCUCAGAGCUCUGAAGAUUCCUGCGCCAUCCGUCCAUCCGUGCUCGCUUGCGCGAAGCCAGAACGCCAUCGUCUCCAUCGCCUCGCCGACCGCAGUCCCCGUUCUCUUAACGUGGUUGCCCAGAACCACGUGGAGCCCGAUACCACGGCGGGGCGAGGCGGGGCGUCGCAGCGCUUGGACCCAGCUUCCGAUCUCGUCGACAGAGGUUUCGCGAAUCUCUCGUGGCGGCCCGCAAGAAAGGAAGGAACUGCGGACCCUUCACUGCAAUGAAAUGCACGAUAAUUACAACAAGAUUUUGACAUGCGUCGAUAUUCUCUCCGUGGCCUUGGCGGUCGGAUUGGCCAUGGAAGAUGGUCCCCGGACUCGCAGCAUCGGAUCCGAGAGCGGCGAAGAUGAGAGUGCAGAUUCCGAAGGAGACGAGGAGCCGACGAUCACGGCCACGCAAACGCAGGAACACAAAGACGAAGCACGGAUGGAGUUCGUGUCAGACGAAGAACCUGCGCUCGUCGUCGACCCCAUGGCCAGCCCGAAGCCUUGUUCGGAUCCUCAACCUCCUCAACCUCCUCAAGGUCCUCAAGGUCCUCAAGGUCCUCGCAGUCCCGAGAGGAGGAGGACGAGGAGCCCGGGCGACGAUCCUUUCGAUUCCGCCUCGGAAGACACGGCGGACGGGGGGGAGGUGGAGGAGAAGGGUGACGACGCGAAGAAGGUGACGGAGUUCGAGAGGUCGAAGGCGAAGGUGGCGAUGGAGAUCAAAGACGUGCUGGAGAAGCGGCAGGCGUGCGAGAGCGAUCUGCGAGCGAUGGCGGUGGGGGGGCAGUACGCCUUCGACUUAUGCUUCGACUCCUCCGUCGAAUCCUCGGACGGCUCGUCGAAGGACCAUCCCGUGAGCGUCAGGGUGAGCGGACGGAGCAAGGCCGAGCAUCCCGACAACGCGGCCUUCUUCCCCCGGGGAGGAGGAGGCUCGAGGCGCUCGAGCGAGUUCACAGUGCUCGCGGCCCUCAGUCGCGACGAGUCCAGGGGUCACGGACAUGGGCUUCACUCGAACACGGAACGGGAACUAGAGGCCGCAGCAGCAGCCGACCGAGCCGCUGGAGCGCGGCGUCCCAACGAUCACGCUCCCGCUCCCGCUCCGGCGCCGUACGGACAGGAAGGCCUGCACUCCAACACGGAAAGGGAACUCGAGGCGGCGGCUGCCGCCAGGGGUGCGAGCGGAGGUUCGUUGGCUCGAUCGGGGCAGGCAGGCAGCGCAAGCGCGCACGGAGGACGAGGAGGCCUCCAUUCGAACACCGAGAGAGAACUCGAAGCAGCGGCGGCAGCUGCUGAGGCGGGCCGUUAUGGCCCCCGGGCGUCGGUGGACCGGGAGGAGGAGCGAUCGUCAGCGCGAGGAGGAGUGCUGCACUCCAACACGGAGCGGGAGCUCGUGGCCGCGGCGGCAGCGGUGCAUGCGCAUCUGCCGAUUUCGGGGCCUUACGGGCAGAAUGCUGCAGCACGGCCGUCGCAAUCUGCGCACGGAGGAGGAAUUCAUUCGAACACGGAGAGAGAGCUCGUGGCCGCGGCGUCCGCGAGGGAGGCGGGCAUUUCGUUCUCCGGACCUUAUGCUCAGAACCCGGCCGCCGACGCCGAUGGGGCAAUUCGCAGCUCAGGAGCCUCGGUGCUCCACUCCAACAGCGAACGAGAACUCGAAGCAGCGGCGUCGGCGAGAGACGCCGCCGAUCGUCAUGAACCUCCUCCUCCUUCUCGAAGAGCUUCGCGCGAUGCCCCGCAGCCGCAAUUGAGGAGCGAGAGGAGGCUUUCUGAGAAAGACCUCAUAGGAACGAGCAUUGCAGCGGCUCUGCACAUCAAUCCCGCGCACUACAUGGGCACCCAAGCUCACCCCUCCGCGCCUGCAGGCGCUCAAGAUUCCGAGCCGAAGUUCAGGCGAGAACGGAAAUUGUCCCAGAGAGACCUCGUCGGUAGCAGUUACGCCAAAUCUCAUCGUGCCCUCAACUCAGACGCGAGCGGUCUCCACCGCCAAAUCGCAAGCCCCCCGCCCAACGCCAGACAGAAUCGGAAGAUGUCACAAAACGAUCUCCUCGGGCUCGCGCACGCAGCGGUCAGACCUGGAGACCGAGAGGCCGACGACGGUGCGCCUGCCGAGCGUCCGAGGCUUCCACAAGCACCCUCGGCGCGGUCGGACGCACAUUCUGCUGCUGCUGCUGCUUCUCACGGACCCAGGCAUCGUCGCGACGACGACGGCGGUGGCGGCUCGGGUCCGUCGAAUGGCGCGAGCCACGGCCGACCGCAGCACCACACGGAGACGCAAACUCACUCCGCAUCGUCGGCUGGGACUCAGACUUCGAUUCAACCUUCCCCGAGGGGCGAUCGUGACUCGACCUCGCGCGACGAGGACUCGGGAUCCCAGUAUCCCUACAACGACGAUUUUGCAGCCGCCGGAAGCGGGCAGCGUAGGAAUCCCCGGAGCACAGCUCAGAGAGAUUUGAACAACGCUCGUCGAUAUCGGCCCUACGAAGCCCAGGGCUACGCAGCCCAUUCGAGAAACUCCAAUGAGGAGCCCGUGGAUCACACCCGGAUGGUCGAGGUCGACUCGUCUGGAGCUCGUGCCGGAGCUCAUCAUGCUUCGUCGGGCUUCCGGUGGACGGGUGCGUCUGCUCCUGGGCCAGAUCCGGAUCCGGAUGAUGGAGACGAUGGAGACGAUGGAGAUGAAGAUGGGUCCUCAUCGGACCCGCUUCACCCCGGUGACGACGAUGACAUCGACGCCCAGCUCAUCCCCGACGAUUACAUCGACGACUAUCCCCCUCCUCUACGACGUGAACCUAGCAACGAUGACGAGACCGACCCAAUGUACGAUCCACAACAUGUGCCCCAAAACAGCCAUUCCCAUUACAGCCCGUUUCCACAAUUCUUCGCUCACCAUCCGCCUGUACCUCUGCUUCCAGCUGCGGCUCCUCCUCCUCCUCCUCCACCCGAUGAUGAUUUCGGACAGAAUCAAGUAGGAAAUCACGGGACACCUCAUGGCGAAGGUCUUCAACCUCGCGAUCGGGCUCAUCAAUCGUACCUGCGCAUCAGGCUGCCAGGGGAUCGGUUGCUGCAUCAUAGACCCAAAUGUGGGCUGCUCAUUGUGUCAGCAAUGAGGAGAGACAAGAAUCUUCCGGUCGAUCGCAGGAAGGAUAACCGAAUCCCUCGCACCCCGGGACGAGUAGAUAUAAACUUCAGCCCCAGGACGGGGGACAUAAUUCUACGGCACGUGCGGCUGCCAGGUCAGGGUGCGGUGGAGAUUUGGAAUCCAGGUUUGCAAACGCAAGACGGUGACUCGCUCAUUCGCUUCAAACUGGACCCCUGGUCUUACGAUAGCAACAGUAGGACCUCGUCGAAUUUGAUCAUUGUCAAAGCCAAAGGCUACAUAAGCUUCGAGAAGAUGUGGAUUUACAUGGGUCGUGCCAUAAAUAGUGUCACCAAAGCUGAGCAACGAGUUCUUGGCGUCGGUGCGAUGGACGGCCGGACAGUGUAUGCAAGGUAGCAAGCCUUGAAUGCAUGCCAGCACGCCUGCUUCUCAUUGUUCUUCAAAAAAUAUAUCAUACCAUAUUCUAGCCGUAGAAGCAAAGCAUGGGUAGCGCAUGAUCGUUCGGAUGGAGGCCCUCGGAAUUAAGACCGAUGAACUGGGCUCCGUGGAAAAUUGCGAACUGGGUAAGGAGAUUUCCAUCGACGCCCGGGGCUGGUUCUCUCGUAGUAGCUACGUUGCUCCUUUAGCUCGUGGUAAGAUCAGCUCCUCUGAGUACCAAAUCCUCUGAAUAAUCGGGACUUCAAGUUUGCCCUUGCUCAUUAUCUCCCGACGAAGUAAGACAAAGUUUAAGACAAAGUUAAAGGUAGAUUUCUACUUUUGUAACGAAGAAUCGAACCAUGAACGUGACAUACUGCCUACUCUCCAUAAUGUCUACAUGUCGGAAGGCUUAUGACGAAAGUCAUUGUUCUAACGCUUGUACCUCAGCGGCAGCUGCUCGUGGUCCUUGAACUCGGCGCUGACGUUUUUUAAAACAAGACAAAGAGAAAUUUGUGGUCAAUUAAAUUGGUUAUAAUUCAAUUGCCCGGGCACCAUGGCAAUUU